GUACACAGACUGAAACAAAGGAGUUUUUAAUCUUUUUUCCUCUACUUAAAGUAGUUGAAUACACUAUCUCUGAGAAGACAGAAGAAUUAAGGGAGUGAUUUACAUCAAUGAAUUGGUUGAUGCAUGCUCAGUUACUGAAGAUAAAAAUCAGAGCAAUUUGUCUGCCAUCCAUUGUCAUCAACAAUGCAAUUGGCAGCUUUGAUUUAGACUAUCAGGCAGCUGACAGUUUCCAUCUCUGUCUCAGUCAUCUGACUAACCUUGUACAAUCAAUUCCAGCAUCUGACAGAAGCUUGGGGCUUUGAUGAAACCAAGAAUAUCAGCCUGGGAGUGCAAAAGUAAAGCUUGCUGGUUUGAAAAAGCAGUAUGAAACGAUACUGACUUUUAUUGCCAUGGCAGUUCAGUUGUUUGUUCUUUCAUCUUCUUGCCUGGCAUGCAUUUAAGAGCCAAACAAGAACUUAUUAACUACAAAGCGCUGUAGUGACUACGAUUGCUGUUUUCUGAUCCUCAGUGGGAAUGAAAUUCAUUGAGAAUGAAGUACUUCACCUGCACCGAUGCUUCCAGCAUCUGGUCCCUGUGACAAAGGUGAGAAGAUGCCAAAGACAUGGUAUUCUUUCCUGCUGUGUUGGCUGUCCGUGCCACUUGAGGCUAAUCCUGGUCUUAAAGUGAGGCUUACUCAGAAGGGGCUGGACUACGGCAGAAGGAUUGGGAUGGAGCUCCUGAAACAAGCAGUAUUGAGAGAGACCUUCCCAAGCUGGAGUGGGCAGGAAAGUUUCUCAUUUGUUAAGGUCAACUAUGUCAUUUCCAGGCUCAGAAUUAAUGCUGUAGAUUUCCCAGAAACUUCUGCUUCCUUUAUUCCUGACACUGGUAUUAGUCUGUCAGUGGCAAAUGCUUCUGCUACCAUCAGUGCAGACUGGAGAAUGAACACGUGGCUGCUCAGCAAAGACCAAGGAGACAUAACCGUGUCUAUCUCAGGACUGUUUAUUGCAGUUAUCUUCAACGUGUCAAGGGACAGCACAGGCCGCUUGUCCAUGCUGCUACACAAUUGCCAGAUGACCAUUAAUAGCAUAAAAGUCGAGUUAAAUGGAGAAUCUAGCUGGAUCUACAGCUUUCUGUCUGGUUAUCUUGAGAAGCUCAUUCACACCAAAUUGGAUAAAAAUCUCUGCCUAAAUAUCAAAUACAAAAUCCAAAUUAUGGAUGCACACCUAAAAAAACAUAAGGUCUUAAACCAGAUUGAUGCCUUUGCACAAAUAGACUAUUCCCUAGUUAGUUCUCCAGCAGUCUUCAAAUCACACAUGAACUUGGAUUUGAAGGGCACCGUCUAUCCAGUAGGGAAUCACACAGACCCUCCCUUUGCACCAGCUCCAUUUGCUCUCCCAAACCAGGAUGAUUCCAUGCUAUACCUGGGAGUCUCCAGUUAUUUUCUUAAGUCUGCUUCACUGGCUUACUACAGAGCAGGGGCCUUUAACAUCACCAUAUCCAAAGAGCUUGCUACUACUUUCAACCUCAAUACCGCCUUAUUCAAAGGUCUUGUUCCUACGAUUGCUCUGAGUUACCUACCAGCGUGCCUGAUGCUGCUGAAUCUGGUGGCUACAUCACCACCUGCCGUCAGUUUAAAUGCAGACAGAUGCAUCCUGCAGAUCACUGGCUGUGUAGACGUAUUUGCUGUUCUGCCAAAUUCAACCACCCAGUACAUCUUUACAGGGAACCUAACAGCCAGUACCAGAGCCAAUUUGACAAUAACCAAACAGAAGCUGAUUAUCUCAUUACUUCUGAAGAGGCUCCACUUCUCCCUGCUGCGCUCUACUCUUGGCUUCUCUGACCAGAUGUCACUGGUGGAGAAUUUUCUGUCUUAUGCUUUACGGAGUGCGGUGAUCCCAGUAAUCAAUGAUAAACUAGGAAAAGGAUUUCCCCUUCCUAACUUGGCCGACACUACCCUGACUAGACCUGUAAUAAAAAUGAAUCAGGGUCAUCUGGUGAUUUCCACUGAUGUUCACUACAAACAUGAGGAAGGGGGAGAUGAGGACCUUCACAGCCGCCCCUAAUGUCCCUUUACUUUUAAACAAAAAUAAGUGAAAAAUGUAGUCUUCAUUCUGUUGGCUUGUAGGGAGUAGAUGUUAUAACAUUAGAAGCAUGGUUUUUCAUUACUAUUUUUAGUGUUUUAGUAAAACUUCAUAAUCACUUUUCACAAACUGAAUCUGCUGGUUUUUAGUAGGGAGUGCAGCUGACAGUGUCAGUAAUGCUUUAGAAAACUUGUUGCAGCCUAAUAAGGAGUGACUGGUUCUUUUCACUAGAGUUAUAGACACCACAUUUUAUUAAUUUUAUGAACCGCUUCUUGCAUUGUUUAAUUUAUCUCCAUUAGUGUUAGCAAAACUUUGUAUAUGGAGUGAGACCUUAUUCUUCAUAAGAAUUUCACAAUUUGUCCCUUUGUAACUAGAUACCGAGAGUGGGAACAGAUUUAUAAAAUACAAUGAGUUAUCAUUGAAUUAUAGAAUCAUAUUCAUACCAUCUAGUCCAGAUGCUGACUCAAAACAGGACUAAUUAGAUCAGGUUGCCAAGGGCUGUGUCCAGUUGAGUCUUGAACCCCUCUAAAUAUGGAGGUUUCACAACUUCUCCAGGCAACCUGUUCCAUUAUUUAGCUACUGUCAGAGUAAAAUUUUUUUCCUAAUAAGUGUUUCCCAUGUUCCACCUUGUUUUGUUGCCUUUUUUCCUAUCACCAUAUACUUCCAAGAAGAGUCUGGCUCCACUUUCUCUGUAUUCUCUGAUCAAAAGUUGUAGACAACGAUAAGGUCUUUUAAGCCCUCUCUUCUCCAAACUGAACAGGCCUGAUCUCUCAGUCUUGUCCUGUAGGUCACGUUUUCCAGCCUCCCUUGGUGGCACCUGCUGGACUUCAUCCAGGAUGUCAAUCUCCUUCUGGUAUGGGGGUGCCCAGACUGGACAUAGUACUCCAAAUGCAAGUGUUAAAUAGAGAGGAAGGAUCAGUUACCUGGACCUGCAGACCUAUGUUCAACUUGCUGUCCACUAGGACUCCCAGAUCCUUUCCUGCAGAGCUGCUUUCUAUACAGCCACCAGCCUGUACUACUGCAGGGAGUUAUUUGCUCCCAGAUGCAAGACUCCACACUUGCUUUUGUUAACUUUAUGUGGUUCCUGUCAGCUCGCUUCUCCAAGUUGUCCAGGUUUCUCUGAAUAGCCCUCCAGUAUGUUGACUGCUCCCCCCAGCGUGCUGUCAUUCACUAAGUUGCAAAGAGUGCACCCCAUCCCAGCAUCCAGGUGGCAUUAAACAGUAUUGGUCACAGUACUGAUUCCUGUGGGACCUCCGCUAGUUACUGGGCAACAGCUGGACUUUGCUGAUCACAGCUCUUUGAUUCUGGCAGUCCAGCCAAUUUUCCAUCUACUUUCUCCAGCCCAUAUGUUACCAACCUGGUGAAGAGACUAAGGGAGACUGUGUCAAAGGCCUUGCUGAAAUCAAGGUGUAGAACAUCCACUGCCCUCUCAUUGUCCACAGUACCAGGCAUCUCAUCACAGAAAGCAAUGAAGUCAGUCAGGAAUCAUCUGCCCUUGGCAAACCCAUGCUGGCUGAUCCCAGUCACCUUCUUAUCUUUCAGGUGCUUUAGAAAUAGCUUCUCAGACAUUUUGCUCCAUAACCUUCACAGGGACUGAUGUGAGACUGACUUCUCAUCAUCAGCCUCCUUGACCUUGAAGAGAGGUGUCCUGUCUUGCCUUUUUCCAGUCAUGACAAACCUCUCUCAGGUGCUUUUGAGGACUUUUGAAGGUGAUAGACAGCAGCUUCACAAUGACAUCAGCCAGGCAAAACCUUCAGCUCCUCCAGAUGUAUCCUGUCUGGUCACAUGGAUUUGUGUAUGUCCAAGUGGGUUAAGUGAUCCUGCACUCUCUGUUCCCCUGCUGUGGGUGCUGCCUCACUCCCACAGACUCUGCUAGGAGCUCAGUGACCUGGGAGGCCAGGGGACAAGCCUUGCUAGUAAAAACAGCCUUUUCUAUGUCUCUUGUCAUUAGUCCCCUGGCCCACUGAGCAAUAAGCCCAAAUUCUCCUUAGCCUUCCUUUUGCUGUUGAUGUACUUACAGAAACCUUUCCUGUUGCCCUGCUCCAUCUGAACUUUGGUUUUCCUGACUUCAUUCCUACAUGUGCAAGCAAUAUCAUUGUUCCUUACAAGUAGCUGGCCUCAGUUUCCAUCUUCUGUAUGCUUGCUUUUUGCUCCUGAGUUCACUCAGGAGCUCCAUGUUCAUCCAUGCUGGCCUUCCGCCACAGUUGCUCAACUGUCUGAACAUUGUAAUGCACCCUUCUUAUGCUCUGAGGCAGCCGCCCUUGAAGAUGAGCCAGCUCUUCUGUGCCUCUGGUCUCCAGGACAAUUUCCCACAGAUUCUGCCAAGCAUGUCCCUGAAAUCUGCUCAUCUGAAGUCUAUGGCUGUAAUCCUGUUUUUUGUCUUGCUUGCUCCUCCCAGGAUCUGAAACUCCACAGUCCCAUGCUCACUGCACCAAGGCUGCCCUUGGCCUUUACCUCAUCCAGCAGUUCUUCCUUGUUUGUGAGUAGCUGCAGCUAUUUGAGGGUAUCAAUCUCCAAAUAACUCUGUACCUCUUGUAUUUGUAAAAUGGAGCUGGAAGCUUUCUUUUGUCUUAUGUCAGUGUCACCAGAGGCACGCAACCGGGACGUAUUAAAAGUGUAUGGAAAGGAAAACCAGUCUAAAAAUGUCACACUACAGGAAGUUCACUUCCAACUUGGGACAGAAACGUGACUUGCAUUUGAUUUUUAGCCAAAUCUGUUUAUUUAUCUAACUGGCUGCUACAGUUCUUACUAUAAAUAAAUAAAUAAAUAAAUACUGAAAU